AUGUCUCCCGCGCAAAAAGCUCCGGCUCAGGCUCAGACCAAACCGCCCGCUCACCUAGUUCACGUCGUGCUCCGGACCAACAAAUACAAGACGAUGGUGCAAUACUACAAGGACUUCCUGGGCGCACAUGCCAGUUAUGAGAACGACACGCUCUCGUUCCUCCGAUACGACGAUGAACACCACCGGAUCGCCAUCAUCAACACGCCCGACGCGCCCGACAAGGCCCCCGGCUCGAUCGGCAUGGACCACAUCGCCUUUGCAUUUGACACCUUGGACGAUCUCGCCCUCGCGUAUCGUCAGCGCAAGACUCUCGGGAUUCUACCGUCUGUCUGCAUCAACCACGGGCCCACGACGAGCAUGUACUACACCGACCCGGAUGGUAACAGGAUCGAAACGCAGGUCGAUAAUUUUGACUCGGCGGCCGAAGCUAGUGCGUUCAUGGCCAGUCCGGAGUUUGCGCAGAAUCCUAUUGGGACAGACUUUGACCCGGAGGAUCUUUGUCGACGACUCGAGAGCAAAGAGGAUCAUAGAGUGAUUAAAAAGCGAGUGGAGAUUGGUGCGAGGAGCUUGGGUUGA